AUGUUGCGUCCUCUUUGCCGUUAUGCGCACUUGAAUGGAACUCCAGGAAUUUACAAUACUGUUCCGAAUUGGAAGCCUGGACCUGGUUGGCGUCCACAGAGUCCACAAGGACCUUAUCUUGUUGGCUGGGCUAUGGGGUAUUGGCAUUAUACUCGACCACACAAUCUUCCAUUACUUUUGGUUAAGGCGGCAGUCUACCUUGCUUCUGCUUUUUGGCUUCCAUUUUUCGUUGUGGAAUAUCAAUUGAAGAAGUCAAAGGCAGGAAGUUGAGAGCCAGCAACGUGCUCUAUAGACGCUUGAUAAGAAAAAAUGUUUGGAAAAUUGUCUAGGAACAUAUUAAAGGUUUAAUUUUGUUUAUAAAAUUGUUUUUUUGGAUGAUUCUGAUUAAAAAAUGUUUUUAAUGCCGGGAUAAAAAUAACUUUGUAGGCUAUGGUUUAGUUAAUAAGAAAAAUUGGUUUCUCGAUUCUUACGAGUCUGUACCAGGUGUCAUGGUUUGAGUAAAUGGUUGGCUCUUCAGAAUUUUCUUCGUAUCGGGUCGAAAAAACCCCGGGAUUUUGGAUCGGGUAGUUAGGGGGAUUAUGUGAACAUUCCUGGUGUG